AUAAACAAACUACAUCCCACGAAAUACGCGCCAGCAAGCUUUUGCCCCGCCCACUAUUGGGUAUUUCGACGUGGAUAACUUUGCAUACAUUAUCUAAACGUAGCAAACAAACGUAUCACCAGCAGUCGAGCGCGUGACGCCAAACCCGUGCUGGUACCCGCAUUUUCCCGCCCAAUGCAUACAUUGCACACACGUACACGUACGUGAGGCCAUUGGAACCAGCUAUCGUAUAUGUUCGGUCUUUUCGCAGGGCGUCUGUUUGGAGGCUAAUUUCUUUCCACCAAUUGCAGAGUUCUUGACACAACUUUACUCCUUUUUAAGCGCUCGAUAGAGAGACACGAUGGCAAGUCAGGAGGAUGUUCAGUUCCGAUGCAAGCUGUGCCAAUACACCGCUUUGUCCAAGCAGGAAAUUGCGGACCAUUUCAUGGACGUCCAUGCCGCCGUGGAAAUAGUGAGCGUUGGCUCCCUGCAGCCUGCUGGGUCAACCAGCGUCGAGACGAAUGAGGAUGCUAAGCAAGUCGCGUCUCAGGACAGCAGCAGCACCUCCACGGACGCAUCAGUUUCCUCGGAGGUGAAGGUGAAGAGGACCAGUUUUCCUCUGUCGGCGUGCAAGAGGAAACUAGGCUUCCGGAGUAAUGCCCUGCGCAGCACCAUCAGUCAUCUGGUGAGGGCUGCUGAACAGGCUUCAAAAGAUGAGCAGUCAACAAAUUCAGGUGAGACUCCAAGAGGUUUACGGAGAAUCCAGCAAGCUGGCACCAGCAAAGACAUCAGUAAGACAGUCCAUGUGGUCGGCAGAGAACUCCGCAAGCACAAAAUGAAGCGCAAAUUUGAGGAUUUUGUUCUCUUUGAUGAGGACCAGGAACAGAAAAAGCAGCUGAAGCUAUCGCCUACCAAAACCACCACCACCGAGAAGCAAGUCUCUCCUGGAAAGAAAGCUGGCAGUGGCAGGCAGAAGGUUGCAAGACGUAAAUCCAAGAAAACUACACUAGCAAAGGAGAUUGAACGCACCAAUCUGAAGCCUGCAGAGUUCCAGCAAAAAAUGGAUGAAGAACUGAAAGUGUGGUCUGAUUCGUGGAUUGAGGACCAUAAGUCUGUCACAGAGACCUGCAGCAAUGCCAGCUGUGGUUUACAGCUGCCGGCCAAGGAGUUGAAACUGCACGAACGGUGCCACAUGCAGAGUUACUAUGGCUUCAAGUGCCCGCACUGUGAGUACAUGCAUUCACGCUGGCGGAACAUGAGAUGCCACAUCUACAGUGAUCAUUAUGAGAAUGAGAAGCCUUUGUUGCAUUGUGACUGGCCUGAUUGCACAGGCUCGUUUACUCUCCUGUGGGGUCUGAAACGCCACGUGCUGCGCGACCACAUCCGACCUAAGCUCGUUAAGAUGCACGCUUUGAAACAAGAAGAAGCAUCGCCAGCUGAGAUGGGCGAGACAGAGCCGACCACAGAGGACAAGGCUGAGUUGGAGUCCAAAGAGGAAUCCGACGAUCACAUCAUCGUGAAGGCAUCCACAAGACGAAGAAGAAGUAAGGGGAUGGAGGAGAUUGUGGAAGCGGGGACGGCAGAGGAAGAGGCUGAGAAAAAAGUGCGCAACCGAAAGAAAAUCCACAGGAUCGCCUGGCUGCCGUCCUGCUCAGUCUGCGAUGCAAAAAAUAUCUCCAUCGAAAAUAUGGAUGCUCACAUUGCAUUGCACGUUGUGAAAGACAGCGACAGCGUCAAGUGCUCAGAGUGCAACAUCGUAGUGGACGACAGUUCCAAACUCAAGGCUCAUAUGAAGGAGCAGCACAAGCGUCUGCUGAAGGUCUUCCGCUGUGAGCAAUGCAAGUAUGCCGGAGACCGCCACUACGACUACAGAAAACACCUACUGACCCAUGCAGACACCAAGCCGUGCAUGUGUGAGGUCUGUGGGAAGCUGAUGUCCACACCUUACAAUCUGAAAGUCCACAUCCUGCGCGUGCAUGCUACUGACGAGCAGAAAACUAUUCACUGUGAGCAUUGCGAGUACCGGUUCGCCGACAAAAUUGUGCUGAAGGACCACAUGCGGUUCCAGCACAAUCUGCUCUGGAAUGGGGACCCGUACAAAGACAUACAGUUGAGGGCGUUCAAAUGUGACAAGUGCGAUUACAUUGGCAAGAAGGAGAAAAGCUUGAAGUAUCACAUGCGUGUUCACAUCGAGAACCGACAAUUCCGCUGUUCCAUGUGCUGUUACGCCAGCAAGACCAAGAACAACUUACUUCUGCACAUGCGAACCCACGGAGGACUGAAGCCGAUCAAAUGUCCACAGUGUGAUUACAGAGGUGCAACGAACAAAGUUGUCAACGAGCACAUGAUGUGCAAGCACAGGGGUUUGCGUCCUUACAAAUGCCCCUGUGGCUGGUCCACUGCUUACAGUGGGAACAUGUGGAAACACAUGCAGGAACAUCGCGAGAAGGGAGACGCCUACAAGGACAUUGCUGAAUCACGGUACGGGAGUUCAAGGAAGAAGAAGCAAAUAGAAGACGACGGUGCACCAGAAAUCCAGCCUUCCAUUGAGCAACAGGUGGUGACCAUUGUUCACGAAUUCCAUGACAUCCAAGGUACCAGGACACUGAGCAGUGAUGCCCAACAGCAUCCUGAUGUCGUCACCUUCCAGGAAGUACCACAGACAUCCGGCAUGGACAUCCCUUCCUCGACCAUCUCCCAGGUGGACUCUCUUCCCAUCCUGGGGGCACAGCUGCAGCUCAACAGCCUAGUGCAGGCAGUCUCGGCUGUAGCAGCAGGCAAGGUCAGCGAGCAAAGCCCAGCAAGCCACCAGCAUACACAGGACCUACAGGGGCAAGAGGAUAAUCAAGCAGCCAAUUUCCUGUGUAAGCUUGCACACGCUGUGUCCACGCAGGGAGCCGCACAUCAAGAGAGCGCUAAGGGAGUAGCCGAGGCCAAGCAUUUGCCCUUAGGGUGUGAGGUACAGGUACCAACAACAAAUACUGGCUCAGUUGAACAGACCAUUCAAGAACUCAUACUGUGGUAGGAAUACAAGGGCCAACACCACUCUUUGCAGUGUUCAUGUACAGUAACCCUAACCCUGCAGGGUAUUUUGGCUAGAAACCCUGCCAAACGCGGCAACAUUGAACACUUGUCUAAGUGACAAGCCUACCCAGUGCAGCAAGAUCCAUCAGGUCAAAAGUCUCAAAGCCAAACUGUCUCAGGGUCUGUGGUCACUGAAUGCAGCAGGAUACAACUGCGGCAUUGUUCAAACUUAGCUCUCAUUGUCUCAGAAGCAGCCGUUUAUGCACUGGUGUUGGUAGCUGAAUGCAUCAAAGUGCACCAGACUUUCCCACCUGAUGCACUGUGUUGGAUAUGGUAGGGUUAGGGUUAACCUGCAAAUAUUUUCUGAAUUGAUGAACAAGGCAGCAAUUUGAGGGAUACACAAUACAGAGGAGUUGCCAAUUGUGAUGCAAAUUAAUGUUUUUCUCUACUUACAAAGUGCAAAAUGGAAAAUUGAAUGUCCCUUCGUACAUGCUGUUAAAUGGUAUUCUUUUUUGUCUAGGCAAUAAGUACCCAGCAGUUACACAUUUCUUGGGAUGUGAACAUGCUACACUUUUACCUAUUAGUCCAUGUACUGCCCCAAAUCGCCCUGCCUGUUACUGCCUGUACCGCCCCAAAUCUCCAAAUCAUUCCAUGGUUGCACGGAUUCUUCAGGCAAUAAUUACAAUGUCAACUAUGUAGUACAAGUGCUUAUUAGGUCAAGUUGGGGUUUUUUCUGUACAUAACAACAAUUCUUUUAAAUUUGAUGAAGAAAAUUUGACCGAGAAGUUGACAAAAUGGCUCCUUGAAAGCGAACAUUGGUUGGUUUUGUGAAUAUUAUCUGUUGAAGUUUGAAAGAAUUGUUCAUUUUGGCCUGGUUUGUUAGGGUCGUGUUUAUUUGUUCUUUGCAAUUAUUCAUAUUCUUUACAAUGUUUCUCUUUUCUUUUCAUGUUUCAUUCUCAGAAGGAAAGUGAUUUUUAAGGAA